UCGUUCGCGCUCGCUCUGCCCGUCGCAGUCGCUGUCGUCGCAGUCGCUGUCGCCGUCGUCGCUGUCGUCGUCGUCGUCGUGUGUGUGCCUGGUCGCUUCGUUGAUAUUGCUGCUGCCGUCGCCGUUUUCAGUUUUUGUUUGACGUUCGCGUGGUGCGCUCGCAUGUUGCGGCCCGUUAUCGUUAUCAACAACACAGACAUCGAUACGAUAUUUUGCCGUUCACGUUGACGUUACCGUUACCGUUACUGUUACACUCUGUUACACUGUUUCAUCGUCAUUCCGAAAGACGUUGUCAAUAACAAAAAAGCCGUAAGCGUUAGCGUAACGAAACCAAAAUAAAGCGCAAAAUAAAACGCAUUAACAAAACGUUUCCUUUGAGAACACGAACCGAACAGCUGAUAAACCGCUAACCCGUUGCUACCCGUUGCCACCCGCUAACCCGUUCACCCGUUUCACCGAUCGACCGCCGUCGCGUUGCGCGUCCUCCGCCAUCCUCCAUUCUCUAUUGCAAAUUUUGGAGUGUGUGUGUGGGGAAUAAUUCCUGAAUUUGUUUGUCGCGUUUCGCGUUUCGAAUUUUUUUGGGAGCACACAACGAAUUUGUUGCCAAAGUUUUUUUCAAGUGAGUUUUGCUCUAGCCGAGGAAUACGACAUGCAAUACUAAAAAAAAAAGAAAGAAAGCAAAGUAAAUCAAUGCAAAAGCCAAAGCAAAAGAAAAGCAAUGAAAUAAAGCUCUCUUCGAGUGGAUUAAACGCAAACGAAGUAUAGUAGUUGAAGUAGAAGAGGAAGCAGUACAAGUUAACAACAAAUGCACAAAAAAGUUCACACACCUGUCAAACAAAUAAUAACAACAACAACAACAACAACAAACGACAAAUUCAAAUCAAAUACAAAAUAAAGUUGAAGCAGACAAAGCAGUUGAAGAACCAGAAGGAGAAGGAGAAUAAGAAACAGAAACAGAAGCGAAAGCACAAGCACGAGCAAAAGAAGAAGACGAAGCUGUCGCGUGUUUUGCCGCCGGCAAACGACACAACAACAAUAACAACAACACACGUGCUCCACAUCUCUUCAUAUCCAUCUCAUUCUCUGCCCUUCUUUCCCCCCACCACGAAACACAUCUCUUUAGCUCCUGCUGCCUCUGUCUCGCUCACACUGUUUUACUUGCCUGUGCUUUGCGUGUGUGAGUGUGUGUGCUUGUGUGAGAGCACGUGAGUGCGUAAGUGUGCGUGUGUGUGUGUGCGAAUUAUCAUCGUCAUCGUUAUCGAUAUCGCCAUCAUAAUCAUCGUCAUCGCCAAGGCAGGACAACAACGUCAUCAGCAACUGCGUUAUCAUCAUCGCCGCGACGAUUAUCAUCUCGCCCCCCAGCUACGAAAUAUUCGACAACAAAAUUCUCACCGAGGCAUCCAAAGCGCCCCUCAGGGCUGUCGCGCUGGCGUCAUUUCUGGGCGACGGUUUUGCCGCCCUCGGUAGCCGAGCACCUCCCGUCAAGGAUCUAAUGGCAUUCGGCGCUGUCCUGCACACAAAUCAGCACAAUAUAGGUCGCAGCGAGCCGCCGGUCGGCGUCGGCGAUCCUUGUGCUGGCUGCAAUAAGCCCAUAUUGGACAAAUUUCUGCUGAAUGUCCUGGAGCGAGCCUGGCACGCGUCCUGCGUGAGAUGCUGCGAAUGCCUGCAGCCACUGACAGACAAAUGCUUCAGCCGCGAAUCGAAACUUUAUUGCCGCAACGAUUUCUUCAGACGUUAUGGCACCAAAUGCAGCGGCUGUGGUCAGGGCAUCGCACCCUCGGAUCUGGUGCGAAAGCCAAGGGAUAAGGUGUUCCAUUUGAACUGCUUCACAUGCUGCAUUUGCCGCAAGCAGCUGAGCACCGGCGAGCAGCUGUACGUGCUGGAUGACAAUAAGUUUAUCUGCAAGGACGACUAUCUGCUGGGCAAGGCGCCAUCCUGCGGCCACAAUUCGCUGAGCGAUUCAUUAAUGGGCUCCGCGAGCGAAGACGAAGACGACGAUGAUCCGCCACAUUUGCGUGGACCGGCGCUGGGAUUGGGCGUGCUUGGACCGAAUGGUCCAGACUCAGCGGGUGGACCGCUGGGCACAUCGGAUAUAUCAGUACAAAGCAUGAGCACCGAUAGUAAAAAUACGCAUGACGAUUCCGAUCAGGGCUCCUUGGAUGGCGAUCCCGAUGGACGCGGCGAUUCACAGGCGGAGAACAAAAGUCCCGACGAUGCCAAUGGCUCAAAGAGACGCGGACCCCGAACCACCAUCAAGGCCAAACAGCUGGAGGUACUGAAAACGGCAUUCAAUCAGACACCGAAACCGACACGCCACAUUAGGGAGCAACUGGCCAAGGAAACGGGGUUGCCAAUGCGCGUGAUACAGGUCUGGUUCCAGAACAAGCGAUCCAAGGAGCGUCGCAUGAAGCAAAUCACCAGCAUGGGCCGUCCGCCGUUCUUUGGCGGUGCGCGCAAAAUGCGCGGCUUUCCCAUGAAUCUCUCGCCGGGCGGCCUAGACGAUGGUCCCGGCUUUCCCUAUUUCGCUGCAGACGCUAAAUUCGAGUUCGGCUACGGUGGACCCUUCCAUCCGCACGACGGACCCUUCUUUCCCGGCCAUCCCGGCGGACCGAUGCCCUUCAAUGCACCAGGUGGACCAAUGGAUCACAGCGGUCCCAUACCGAUGGUAAAUGAAUUUGGCCUGACGCCCGAGUCAACAUUUCUGAGUCAGGCGGGCGCACCGCCGAUGCAGCUGCAGACGGCUGUGGGGCCACCGCCGCCGCCACCGCCAAAUGCCGCUGAGCAUUUGCUGCAACAGGCGGCCGCGCAGCAGCAGGCGGCGCAGAAUGCGCAACAAGCAAGCCAAACGCAGCAGCAGCAACAGCAACAACAGCAGCAACAGCAGCAGCAACAACAGCAACAGCAGCAACAACAAAAUGGCCCGCGUACCGCAUCGCCCGAGUUCAUGAGCUCGGCGAACUUUAGCGAACCGCAGAAUAUGCAAAAUGAAGGGCUUGUUUGGUAAUAUACGAAACAAUUGGCAACGCGCCUGCUGUUUCUCAAAACCUACACGCAGCGGCAGCAGCAGCAACAGCAGCAGCAGCAACAACGUGAGGAUGAGUAGUAACAGCAUUCGCAGCAGCAGCCAAAAACAUCAGAAAACAACAGCAAAACAGCAGAGAACAACAACAACUAAAACAGCAGCAGUAAAAGCAGUGACAAAGCUUCGUCGUCGUCGUCGUCGCAGUCGUCGUCGCUGCCGCCGCCCACUGCGCGCACACACACGUGUCGUCUCACUCUCACCAACAGCGAGUCGCAUACUUUGUGCGUCAAUUGAGAGCCAGAGUCAGAGCGAAGGCAAGAGCACGAACACCGUAACGAGCAAGAGCAAGAGUAAGAGCGAGAGCGAGUGAGCAGGCGAAUGCAUUUGCGCGCUCGCUUGCUCACAAUUCAAAUGAGGAGAAAUUCGUGUUGACUAGCUUGCCUUGCCAACACACUCUCGUUUAUGGUGCUGCCCCCUCUCUCACUCGCUCUCUCACGCGCACACACACACACACCACACACACACACACACUGGCCCAACCAAAAGCGCUGCCUGUGGCCAAAAAACAGCUGCUCGGCUUGGUUUUGUUGUUUUUAUUAUUAUUGUGUUUAUUGUUUUAGUACGGUUUAUUUUUUUUUUUUUAAUUUUUAUGACUGCGCCAAAAUAUUUGUAAAUUAUUUUUAAAACAAAUCAUAGAAAAACAGAAAAUGAAAAGAAAAACAAAAAUAUCUAAAUGUACAUUGAAAUGGGCGCUGCACAUAAAAAAAAACUAUAUAAAAUAUAAAUAUAAAUAUAUCUAUACAAAAAUUACUAUUUUUUUUUUUAAUUUAAAACUAACUAAAAAUGAAGUAGGAGAAGUGAGAAAGGCGAAGAAGAUAAAACAAUGCUAAAAACAUAAAGAAAAUCAAAUACAUUAAACUUAAACGUCUUGUCUGUAAUAAACUAUUUAUGUGUAUGUGUGUAAAAACAAAAGCAAAACAACAACAAAACACAAAUACGUAGCCUAAAAAUCGUGUUAGCAAACAAAUAACAAAAACAAAACAGAAAAAAAAAUCAAGCAAAACAAAAAAAAAAAAAAACAUAAAAAAUAAUAUUAUUAUUUUUUUGUAAAUUAGCACAUUUUUUAUAAUUCAAACAAAUAA